GAGAGAAACACACCAUCCAGCUGUGGGAACAUCAAGUACAGUCAACAUGAGCAGAUGUCUGAUUAAGCAGGUGGAGGUGCAGAGCUUCAUUGAAAGGUGUAUGACAGCUGUGGGCACCAAGCCGCACCACGCCCACAGCCUGGCCCUGGUACUGGUGGAAGGCGACCUCAGGGGCCACUACAGCCAUGGGCUCAACAGGAUGGACAUGUAUGUAAAGGACAUCCAGACAGGAAUCUGUGAAACAUCUGGUGAGCCAGUGGUGGAGAAAGAGAGUGCAGCCACGGCACUGGUGGAUGGGAAGAACCUCCUGGGUCCUGUGGUGGGAAACUUCUGUAUGAAUCUAGCUAUAAAGAAGGCCAAAGAAGUGGGCACUGGCUGGGUGGUGGCACAUGGCUCCAACCAUUUUGGUAUUGCUGGAUACUACGCAAUGCAAGCUCUGAAGGAAAACAUGAUUGGCAUUUCAUUGACCAACUCGUCCCCACUGGUGGUUCCUACUCGUGGUAAAGACUGCACUUUGGGCACCAACCCCCUCAGUGUGGCAGCUCCUGCUCAAGACGGCGACAGCUUUGUUCUGGACAUGGCCACAUCAGCAGUAGCACUUGGAAAGGUGGAGCUCAGUGAACGGCGUGGAGACCCCAUCCCUGAGGGUUGGGGCUGUGAUGCUCAAGGACAGUUGACAACAGACCCCAAGAGAGUCCUGAGCGGAGGAGGACUGAUGCCCAUUGGUGGCGGUGAAGCCACAGGAGGCUACAAAGGCUAUGGUCUGGGAAUGUUGGUGGAGGUGCUCUCUGGUAUCUUGGCUGGUGCCCAGUACAGCAAACAUAUCCGCAUGUGGAAACUAACAGACCGUGUUGCCAACCUGGGCCAGUGUUUUGUGGCAGUUAACCCAGAGAACUUUGCCCCCGGGUUCAGUGAGAGGAUGUCAGACCUGCUGUCCAUCCAGAGAGGGCUGGACCCUGCUGACCCUGACGCUCCUGUUAUGGCGGCUGGAGACCCAGAGAGCAUGAACAUAAAGAAGUGUGAGGAACUGGGCGGGAUCCCCUACCACAUCAGUGUGGUCAACUAUAUGAAUGAAUGUGCUAAGACAAUUGGUGUCAGCCCUCUGCUGCCGUGUGACAAACUCAUCUCCAAUUAG